AUGCGCCCCCGCCGUCGCACACACUCCCCGGUUGCUAAGCAACGGCGUCCACGCGCCCGGAGAGUCGGAUCCCCGCGCGAGUGCAUAGGAAUGGAUUCCGAGUACCUCAAGAGAAGUCUCGGGAAAUGCCUGGCCCGGGGUCUGGCGGAGGUGGCGGAACGGCGACCACCGGAUCCGAUAGAGUACCUGGCCCGCUGGCUGUAUCAUUACAAGCAAAACUUAAAUGAAGACGAAAGAAGGAUGCUGAAGAGGACUAAUUUGGAAUGGGAACGCUCACAGGACCUGGCAGAGUUGGAGAUCGUAGCCAAUCUGAAGACAGAGAAAAUUAAAUCGCAGCAAUCACAUAGGGAGCAUCAACAGAAAGGGAGCAGAGAAGACCUCCAGCAAGUUUAUUCAGAAGAAAAAGCAGCAACAUCAAGUCCAGGUGCUUUCACCAGCCACGGGAAGCAGGAGGUAUCUGAACCACUGAUUGAGGAAGAUGAUAAGCCCGGUUCCUCAAAAGACAAAGAAGAGGUGCUGUCAGGCUCCCUUGGCCAGGGAAAUGGUGAUGAAGCCAUUGAAGAAGCGGGGUUUGAGGCCCUGCACGAGAUCCCUCCAGGGAUCCCUCUUGUGAAGACAAGUAGUCCAGCUGCGAUAAGUCACGAUGAAGGUCUCCAUGUAGUUCGUACUCCAGGAACAAGCUCUCCAACUAGAGUUCAUCUUGAAGACGGUUCCCAAGAAAUCCCUUCAGGAGGCACAGAUUUCCCGGAUGACGCGAACCAGGGCAAAGCGUCUCAGUAAACUCCUUCAGGAGUGACCCAAGGGAGACUUCCUCAGGAAGCUUCUCUCAAAGAAAGGGAUCCUUGCAGGGAUGUAGUCAGGACAUACUUUCCCAGGAAACCCACUCUUCUGAAUUAAAUAUUCUUUCUUUGCUUU